AUGUACGAUGCUUCAACCGACCCGGAAGACCACCUUUCGGUCUUCCUGACGCACAUGCGCCUGCAAACAGCCGCGGAUGAGAUCCGCUGCAAGACCUUCCCCAUGUUCUUAAAGGGGAAGGCUCGACUCUGGUUUCAGGGCCCGGCCCCCGGGUCUAUCCGGAACUUCCCUGAACUGGCCAGGCAGUUCGUAGCCCAAUUCGUUUCCUCGAAGACUUACUCGAAGAAUGCCACCCACCUAAUGGCUAUCAGGCAGAGCCAUGACAAGUCCCUAAGAAAUUUCAUGACCCGCUUCAAUGCGGAGAGUCUGCAGGUCAAAGACAAAAACGAAAAGGUGGUCAUGGCCGCCUUCGUGAAUGGGCUCAGGGUGGAGGAGCUCUUCUACAAGCUGGCCGAGAAGUCGCCGAAGAAUCUGGAGGAGCUCCUGACCAGGGCGCACGCGGUUGCUAAUGCGGAGGAGGCAGGCCGUCUGAAGAAAGAGUCAGAUCGGGAGUUCGGAGAUCGGAAGGGACGGACAAACCCCCCAGAGGGCAAGGAUGUUCCGGCUAAGAAAAACGUCUUUGACCGGCUCUCGAGGGAGAAAGCCCCUGCUCCGCCGCCUCUCCCAGAGAAAGGCUACACCCCCCUAACGCGGCCUAAAGCCCAGAUCUUGGCCGUUAUGGAGGCGGAAGGGCUGGCAGGUCGGCCGCCCAAGAUGGGAACACCUCGGAACAAAAGGAACCAGGACCGGUACUGCGCCUUUCACCGCGACGUGGGACAUGACACGGAGGGAUGCUGGGCCCUGCGGAAGGAAAUCGAAGAUCUGAUCCAACGCGGUUUCCUAGGACGGUUCGUGCGGCAAGGUCGUUCCGGCCAGGAGCCCGGACGCACCUACCGAGGAGAUCGGGGUGAAGGCCAGCGGCGCGACCGCCCUAAGCGGCGGUACGAGCGUCGGGGUCCUUCCCCCGACCAGGAUUCCCAGAACCUGGCCGGGGUGAUAAACACCAUCGCCGGAGGCCCCACCGGGGGGGAUAGUCACACAGCUCGGAAAAACAGGCGACCUCCCCCCGAAGAGGAUGACUCCCUGAAGCGGCUGCGCAUGGACGAGGAGAUCACUUUCGGCCCAAGGGAUGCGGUUCCCCUAGCGUCCGAGUACCAUGAAACCAUCGUGAUAGACAUCGUUACCAACAACUACCGGGUGAAAAAGGUGUAUGUCGACCAGGAGAGUGCGGUUGACAUUAUGUUCUAUCGGGUGUUCAGGGAGCUCGGCUUGGAGGACGGGCAGCUAACCCUAAUUCGAACACCACUGAUGGACUUCACCGGGCCCCCUAUCAACCCGGAGGGGAUGAUCACCCUGAUGGUCACGGUAGGGUAG